AUGCGCGCAGUCACUCGGCUACGGUCACAGCCACGACUGCUCCCAAGACUCGCCUUUCGUCGAGUCGUGGCUGGAUCUGCGCCCCGGUCACAAUGGCUGUCCAGCAGCGCGUCUCGUCCUUGUUCAUGCGCGGAUGCAGCCAACGGCCGACCGACCAAGGAACCCCCCGCUCACCCUCCUAACGACCAUCGAGCUCUCGGGACUAGUCUCGAACUCUUCGCCUCGUCCACAUAUAGUCCCGGCUCGCCGCUGUUCCUCCCCCACGGCACGCACGUUAUCAACAAACUUAUCUCCUUCCUGCGAACGCAAUAUCUGCAGUACGGCUUCCGCGAAGUUUUGACCCCAACUAUCUACAAACGAUCUCUGUGGGAAAUUUCGGGCCAUUGGCAGAACUACAAAGAUGAUAUGUACGAGGUCACCGGCCGCGGCGCGACCGGCGACACGGACGGCGAGAUUGGAGAAGAUGAGUCGUACGGGCUGAAACCGAUGAAUUGCCCGGGCCACUGCUUGCUCUUCAAGUCACAAAAUCACUCCUAUCGCGAACUCCCAGUCCGCUAUGCGGAUUUCAGCCCCCUCCACCGAAAUGAAAUUUCCGGCGCAUUAACGGGCUUGACACGGGUGCGUCGCUUUCAUCAGGAUGAUGGACACAUUUUCUGUCGUCCGUCGCAGAUCAAAUCAGAGAUCGCGUCCGCGCUGGGAUUUGUGGACAUGGUGAUGACCACCUUUGGGCUGGGGCCAUAUCGGUUAGUUCUGUCCACAAGGCCGGAGACGGACUACAUUGGCACAUUGGAGCAAUGGGAGAAUGCAGAACACCAGUUACGGGAAGCCCUCGACAGCACGGGACGCGAAUGGGCUUUGAAUGAAGGGGAUGGCGCAUUCUACGGGCCCAAAAUUGACAUCCAGCUUCAAGAUCAUGCAGGCAAGUUCCAUCAGCUGUCAACUAUUCAACUGGACAUGAAUCUGCCCGAACGAUUCGAGUUGGAAUAUCAAGUGGCCGAAGGAGAAGAGGACUACAAUCCAGCCACACCCGGCCUCGCGAGACCGGUUCUCGUGCAUCGUGCGAUUUUCGGCUCCCUCGAAAGAUUCCUUGCCCUGCUGAUUGAGCAACAUGGCGGCCACUGGCCCUUCUGGCUGUCUCCCCGCCAGGGUAUCAUCCUGACCGUGAACCAGGAUGAGGCCGUCGUACGACAGGCCGAGCAGGCUGUCUCACAGUUCUGCGGAUUUACUGUCCUUCGGCAGAACGGCGACAAUGCCGUGCCUCCGCGCCCGCUGUCCUCAGUGGAUCCUACCUUCUUGAUCGACGUAGACACCAGUGCACAGACACUGAGCAAGAAGAUUCAGCGGGCCAAGCAGAUGAAAUACAACUUCAUCUUCAUUCUAGGCUCACGCGAUGUGGCUGAGGGCGGCGUUACUCUGGAUGUCACUGGACAAAUGCAAAGCAAAACCGAUCCCAACGCAAAGGAGUUCCAGUCUCUUGUCAAAUCACAUCUCGGAGCGGAAGCACUCAAAAACCCACGUGCGGUUAAGCUCAAGAUGGAUCAGGUGCAUCCAUUGCUUGUGCAAUUUGAGCGAAGCUUCCUCUGA